AUGUUUCUAAAACACAUCGACCUCACGACCGCUCUCCGGCCCUCCUAUCUUCCGGAUGAAGUCUUGUUGUUCGUCCAAGACAACGUCGGGCUCUAUGAGGGCAAGUUCAAGCUUCCUCACCAGCAAAAUGGACAAGUCUACCUGACCUCCCAUCGAAUCUGCUACGUCGACAAGGAAGAGCCGCGCAAACACUCCGUUGCCCUCGAUCUGAAGGAUGUUGAUCGGUACGAAUUCUAUGCGGGCUUCCUCAAGUCAUCGGCAAAGAUUACGUUGAUACCAAAACCUCUCAAGCGAUCCUCUCUUCAGACGAGAGCAUCUGCCAUUUCGUCUCCUCGACCUGGCGCUGGCUCCCCUGCCCGAGCGGACAGUCCAUAUCGGCCCCCGCCAGACCCUGCAGCUGCCUCUGCGACUUGGGUGUGCACCAUCUGCAGUUUCUCCAAUCCGGUGCCGUCCAACUUCGAUCCGACGACAGCAAACAUCCAUACUCCUCUGCCGCCAUGUCUCGCCUGUGGCAUCAAACCCAGCUUGGCGCAUGUGUUGAAAGCAUCCAUAUCUAAUGCUACGAGCCGGACACCUGCCCCAGCGAGCCCUACUGUCGGCUCGCCUCUCGCAGUGCGACCGCGACCUACAUCCACCAGGCCAGAAGAUGGGGGAUCAUUACCUCCCUGGCCUGCCGCCUCCAACAUUUCAGGCUCCCCGCAAAAGUCCUCCGACCCGAGCGCGACAUUCCAGUGCCCUCGAUGUACCUUCCUCAACCACCCGUCUCUUCUCUCGUGCGAGAUUUGCGGGGCACCGCUCAUAUCGCAGGAUAUACCACAAGCAGUUGCACAGGAGCAAACGCAGCGGACAGAGUCUCCGGGGCCCACCCUCAACUCGAGUGCUGCUGUGCCGGAUACAGCAGAGAGCGUCAAGAUCUCCUUCAGAGGCGGCGGUGAAAAGAUCUUUUACGAAAGGCUGAAAGGCUCGAUGACGCAACGGAAAUGGCUUCUCCAAGGUGCUCCACCUAUUCCUCAGAGCAACCGGACAAUCGAUGAUAAUGGCGCUGUCGUGAGAGCCCCCGCUGCUGCCCCUGAGCGCCCCAAAGGUGUUGGCAUUGCAGGUCUCGAACAGCGCGGUCUCGACAUGCGCAAGAACAACGAGGUGAUGAUAGGUAGCGCUUUUGAAGACCUCGACGCCUUGAUGGCGUCUGCUAAGGAGAUUGUGGCACUGGCCGAACGAUUUGCAAGACAAGCGAAUGGCGGGAGUGGCGCUGCGGCAUCUGAAGCCAACGCGCUUCUGGCCGAAUCCGCAAGCCAGCUUGGUCUGGUCACCACAAAGGACAUCGUGGGCGGCAGCAGCUCCGAAACUCUGUACCUGUCGGAACUCGCGCGCAAUCUCGCAGAGUUCUUGACAGACGACGCUCGCGGCGUUUUGAAGAAGGCCGGAGGAAUCAUUAACUUGGUUGACCUGUGGGCCAUGUUCAACCGCGCCCGCGGCGGUGUCGAACUCGUCAGUCCGAUGGACUUUGAGAAAGCUGCGCAGAUGUGGGAGUCGCUCAAGCUGCCUGUCCGGCUUCGCAAGUUCAAGAGCGGUGUGCUUGUUGUUCAGAGCAGUGACCGCACGGACGAGACCACGAUCAAGGGUCUGGUGUCCUGGCUGGACGACUUACACGAAUUCCCGCCUGAAAAAGAGCUGCCCUGGGACUGGCGGCAGUUCGGUCGCGGAGUCACUGCUCGCGAUGCCGCCGAGAGAUUUGGCUGGAGUAUCGGCGUGGCAGAGGAAGAAUUGGAAAUGGCUGAAGAGCGCGGGGUCCUGUGCCGCGAAGAGGGUAUCGAGGGCCUCAAGUUCUGGAAGAACUACAUUGACACGGGAGAUACGAGGCGCAGGCGUAAGAAGCACCGCUGGGAAGAGGACGAGGUGUUGAAAGCGCUGAAGGAGAGUGGGCUGAUGUGA